AAAAAAAAAAAUCAGUUUCUUCCAUUUUUUCGGUUCGGUUUGUCCAUUGAGUGUGAGUUACGGCGCCGUUCGCCUAUUCUCCCACCCCUUCGAUGCCAUGUGAGCGAAGCAAAUUUCCACUUCCCCCCAUCUGUUCUUCCCACCGGGCGCCAUCCACUACCUCCCGUUCAUUGCUCGCUCUUCCCCGUCGGUUAUUACCGCCUGGCGCCUGCUACACCUGGUUCUCACUAUCUCUCCAUUUUAUUGCAUACUCAUACAUGUCAGCAAUGGAGAGCAAAGAUGAAAAUUGCUUCUUCAUUUCUAUGGUCAUCAGCAUUGGCCUCAUUUUUAUUGCGAUUGUUCGUGUUAUCUAUGUGAUUUAUCAAACUGGCAAACCCUUGCGCCCAAAAUCUCCAAAGCCAAUGAGUACUUUGAUUGUUUUGGGUUCAGGGGGACACACCGCAGAGAUGAUUAAUGUCUUAUCCACAUUGCAGAAGGAUAGGUUUAUGCCUAGAUUUUAUAUUGCAGCUGCUACUGAUAAUAUGAGUCUGCAAAAAGCUCGUGUCUUGGAGGACUCAUUAGUUGAUACACAGAAUGGGGGCAAGGUGAUCCCUGCAAAGUUCAUGCAGAUCUACAGAAGCAGGGAAGUUGGUCAGUCAUAUAUAACCUCCAUUGGGACAACUUUAAUAGCUAUUGCCCAUGCUUUGUGGCUGAUGAUUAAAAUAAGACCUCAAGUGAUCCUUUGCAAUGGUCCUGGGACUUGUGUUCCUCUGUGUGUCAUUGCAUUUUUGUUCAAGGUAAUAGGGAUUAGGUGGUCAUCUAUUUUUUAUGUUGAGAGUAUAGCAAGAGUGAAAAGGCUUUCUUUAAGUGGUUUGCUUCUCUACAAGUUGCACAUAGCUGAUCAAUUUUAUGUGCAAUGGCCACAACUACAAAGAAAAUAUCCUCGAGCUCUUUAUGUUGGUUGUCUCAUGUAGUUGAUCAGGUUCACAUACUCACUAGAAACUCCAACUCUCCAUGUUCUCAGUCUAAUUUGCAAUUUAGACCUUUUACUUUUUGCUGGUGUUCUACUUCUUGGUCCCAACUUCAGUUACGUGUGAGAAGUGGAGAUGCAUAUGUGCACUGUGGAUGCCAGGAGAUGAAGAGAAAUAGAUGAGAGAGAUUUAACUGUCAUAAAGUUCUUAUCGCUUAAAUUUGUGCUUUACCUGAUUGCAUUGAAUUCUAACUAUAUGUAUUUUAUUUGGCAUAGUUAUGAAUUUGAAUAUACCUUUGAGGUUGGUUCUACAACCUGAUGUAUGCAAAAUUUUAUCAACAAACUUGAUUUUAUAAAUUUAUAGAUUAAUUGCCUUGUCUAGCA